UUCUGUUGCCGAUAUUUCUUUCAGUUGACUUUGAAAUUUCUUAAUAAACUGUUGGUCGUCGGAGUUGUAAUUGGUAUCAGAAAAAAAUAUUUAUUGAAUAAAAAUAAUACUAAUUCAUUGCGAAAUUUUAAUAAAGUGUUUGAAUAAAUUUGUUUUUGUUUGCGAAUUAACACAUCAAGUGUCAUGAAGCUAAUUGAUGUGAUUAUAUAUUUAAUAGCAAUUUUAAUUUUUCUUUACUUAUUGUUGGAUUAAACGUGUUCGAUAACAUUACGCUUAAAUCGAAACGUAUCUAUUGAUCUAUAUACUUUUUUUCUUACUUUGCUAAAAUUUUUAAACUAAAAUAAAAAAAUAACUGAAACUAUACUUCUAAAAAAUUUCAAAAACUAUUUACUUUAAUUUUAAACUAAUUUAUUAAGAAACCAACAAAUACAAUGAAGCCUUUUUAUUUAACUCUACUUUUCUUCGCCCUUUUGGCUGUGGCCUGGGGAGAACCUGCUUUGGGAAAACAUGCGCCCUAUUCCUAUCAUGGCCCCAAAAAUAGCAAACAAGUAGCUUUUGCCCGUGGACCAAAUAACAAACAAAAAACUCUAGUAGUACAGAUACGUAGUGAUCAACCAGUUCCUUUAGUUUUGAAAGGACGUCCAAAUUUGGCACACUCUCAUGCCGCCCAUACACAUGCACAUGCUCACAGUCAUGCUCAUGCCCAUUUACUCUCCCCUCAUCAUUUGAGUCAUAGUCAUGUACAUCAUCAUAUUAAUGCUGGAGCUACACAUCUAAGGGGACAACAGAGACCUAUUAAACUGCAAGCAGCUCAGUCAUAUAUGAAAAAUCCCACAUUCCAACGUAAACCUUUGAAAAUUAAAUUGACAAAUACAAAAACAAAACUAUCUCCAGUACACAAGCCAGCCACCAGUUAUGAUGUACCCUUCAAAUAUGAAAUACCCACUACACAGACUCAAACCUAUAGUGAUUUACAACAAUUGCCGUUGGAUCAUCAUCAUUUUGAUUUCAUCUCCGAUAACUUUGCUCCCAUACACACCAUACCCGCUCCCAAUUUGUCUAUACAAGAUAAUCAUUUGCAUCCAGAGGAAACCUAUUUGCCACCCUCUACUCCUAAGCCCCAAGUUUAUCAUCAACAAAAGUACAAUUACCAAGUGAACGAAGACAGCACCAAUGACCAAACUUAUGUAGAUCCUUUAUCUGGCUCCCAAAAAUUGGUUGCUCCUGAUCCAGAUCCUUCAUUGCCUGCUGCCCCAGUACGUCCUGCCACAGAACCUUUCAAUACACCCAGCAAUGGCAAACCUUUGCCCGUUGAUAUUCAAAGCAAUCAUUUAUCGGUGGCCCAACCUUUGUUGCAAAUUGUAGGUGCCCAAUCUGCCCAACAAAUCGCCCCCGAAAUCUAUCCCAUACAAUAUACACAACCUAUUCAUACCAUCCAAGCUGCCGCCCCCGUACCCAUUUACAAUCCCACUUACUUGGUUCAACAAUCGAAUAACCUUUAUACCCAACACCAACAACAAUUGUUCAAACCUGCCAUUGAUGCUGUGCCCGUGGUAGCAGCUGGUUAUGUAAAUGCCGAUUUGACUCAAGAGGUUGCCAGCAAUGGUCAAAUCUUGCAGGCUGCUAAAGAUCCCCACAAUAACAUACAUCCAGUUUUGGAUGUAGCGCCACAUUUUGCCCCCUUGAUCGCUGCUCCUUCUUUAGAUGAAGAACAAUCGAUUGAUACGGCACCCUUCCAUUUGCAAAAUUUGGCUGGACCACCUUCAGCGAUUACGGGAACCACUGAGGCAGGUUUUGUUGUGUCCAAUUAUUAUGGCAAUGCCCAUCAAGAUUCUUCACAAUUAUUACAGGCUUAUGUUGAGGAAGAACAGGCAGAAGCUCAAAGACAGCAAUAUGAACAGUACGAACAACAAUUGCAACAGCAGCAACACCACCAGCAACAACAACAGGAACAAUUACAUUUGCAACAACAACAACAACAAUUGCAUCAACAACAAUUAGAAUAUCAACAAUUACAACAGUUCCAUCAACAGCAGCAACAAUUCCAACAACAACAUCCCCAAUAUGUUACCCCACAGCCCCAACAACAAGCUCUUGUACAACCACAAAGACAUCAACAACACGAUCCAGCGGCAGCUGCCUUUGAGGAACAUCAACGUUUGGUACAGCAACAAUUGGGUGCUGAUACUCCCCUAAGAAUCUUUGUGCCCGAUGAAGAAGAAGCCCGCUUGCAAAAGCGUUCCGACAACAUUGUCAAAGGCACCAUUGAAGAUGUGGAAAACACCAUUGGUGUCGAAGAUGAACAGCCACAAGAUGAAUUAUAUGAAGUCUCCUCCUCUGUUGAGGUCUCCAAUGAAGAUCAACAGCACCAACAACAAGAUGAACAACAAACAGAAACUUCAUCAAAUGAAGCAGAGUAAAUUUUUAGUAAAAUUUAUGUUUGCAACACAUUUCUAAACCAAAUUUUUUAUUAACGAUAAUCUCGAAUUUAAUUUAUAGGAAAAUAAACUUAAUAUUAUUAUUUAUUUAUUAAUUUUUAC